AUGCCUGCACCUGGGAAACUGAGCCUCGAGGAGCGGAGAAAAGGUGAAGUUGCUCUGAGUGAGUUCGCCGAGUAUGCCGAACAGCAGCAGGCCCACCGCUCCGGCCAAGUUGCGCCCAGCGAUAGCGGAUAUUCCACCGCGAGUGUAUCGCACGAUAUCGAAGACCAUGCAGAGCUCGAUAUUCUGGACCAGCUCGGGCUGUCCGAUGCCCCUCGGACAGCCAAACUAAAGGAGCUCCUGCUGGGCACAGGCGAUGCUCUCGAAGAUAACCUGCAGGUGCUUGCAGGGAUAUUGCAAACGCGCAUCGAUGAAGGCCAGGGGGAAACCAUAUUUGAUCUCGGGCUAGAGGAUGGCGGCGAUACCAUGGGCUUCGACCUCGAGCAGUGGAACACGGCGCUACGGCGCUUGCGCGAGGCGGCCGAGACUAUCCCCGCCCAUUGCAGGGUCCUGCUGACCUACAAUGUGGGGGGUCCUGAAGAGUCCGCAGUCAACAGUGCCCGGAUCCAGGGUGCUUGGGGUAAAGUCCUGGUGCGCCAUCACGUUGAUAACGUGGAGGAGAUGGCGGAGCUCCGGAUUGCCGUCGUAGGGAAUGUUGAUGCUGGAAAGAGCACUAUGCUCGGUGUACUCGUGAAAGGCAACCUGGACGAUGGACGUGGUCGUGCGAGAGUCAACCUCUUUCGCCACAAGCACGAGAUUGAAAGUGGGCGUACCAGCUCCGUCGGGCUGGAGAUCAUGGGCUUUGACAGCCGAGGUGAAAUCGUGGGCAAUUCGCAAGGCCGUAAGCUGUCAUGGGAGGAGAUCGGUAAGCGCUCUGCUAAGGUGAUCUCCUUCUCUGACCUGGCGGGCCACGAGCGGUACCUGCGCACCACUGUCUUCGGUAUGCUGAGCAGCAGUCCUAACUACUGCUUGCUGAUGGUCGCCGCCAAUAACGGCCUCAUCGGAAUGAGCAAGGAGCAUCUUGGAAUUGCCUUGGCCCUCAAUGUACCUGUCAUGGUCAUUGUCACCAAGAUCGACAUAUGCCCGGCCCAUAUUCUCCAGGAGACCUUGUCUCAACUGACAAAGAUUCUCAAGUCUCCUGGGGCUCGCAAAAUCCCAAUAUUCGUCAAGGAUAUGGAGGAAACUAUCAACACUGCCACGCAGUUUGUCAGCCAGCGGAUAUGCCCUAUCUUCCAAGUUUCCAACGUUACCGGUCAGAAUCUCGACCUAGUGCGGACGUUCCUGAACGUUCUGCCUCACCGUGGUCAGUACGAUGCCGAAGGAUCGUUUGAAUUUAUCAUCAACGAUAUCUUCUCCGUCCCUCAUGUGGGGACCGUUGUCUCCGGUGUAGUCAAGUCCGGUGUCAUUCAUGCGGGAGACACGGUCGUCGUUGGACCUGACUCGCUUGGCCAGUUCACGACCACAGCCAUCAGAUCUAUUGAGCGGAAACGCAUUCAGGUGAAUGCCUGUUUUGCGGGUCAAUCCGGAUCUUUCGCACUAAAGCGUGUCCGCCGCAAGGAAGUACGCAAAGGCAUGGUGGUGUUGAAGAAGAUGGAGGAACCCCCGAAGGUGUAUCGUGAAUUUGUCGCGGAAGUUCUGAUUCUCUCGCAUCCAACUACUAUCAAGCCGAAAUACCAGGCCAUGCUACAUGUUGGGGCGGUCAGUCAGACUUGUUCAGUCAUUGACAUAGACCGUCCUUUCAUAAGAACUGGUGAUCGAGCCUUGGUUGCAUUCAGAUUCGUCCAACGCCCUGAAUUCCUUACACCUGGAGACCGUGUGAUCUUCCGUGAGGGCAAAACGAAAGGACUUGGGAUUGUGAAAAGUCUCGGCUAUGACAGUUCAAAUCCAUUGAAUCCAAAAGCCGACGAGGGAUCAACCACCCCCAAACCCUCAAUAUCUCACGGCUAA